CCCAACUGUGUGGCCUGGGUGGAGGGCUUCAGGGACAGACAGCAAGAGGAAAGAAGGAGUGUCAAAUGUGGCGUCAGCAUGCUCUGAUCACUGUUCUGGGACUGUUUGAGUGGCCCUGUGAAAAGCCUCUCCUACCAGGUCUCACCUCCACUCUCCACACUGCUCCCCCAGCGUCCGAUGGCAAAGCAUGACCCGAACGAGCUCCCUCCUCCAUACUACUCUGUUGAGGUGCACACCCUCCCUCCCCUCCAGUCCUAUGAAGAGGCAGUCUAUGGAGCAGCUCCAAGGCCCACUCCUCCCAACCAGCUAUACUACAUCCCCCAGCACCCCCCACCAGUGGCUGCGCAACACAUCUGCCAGCCCAGUAUAUCUCUUCCUGACAACAAGAGGAAACACAAAUGCUGCCAGCAUAGUGCCAAGUGCUUUGGUGGCUCAGGAGGCAUCGUUCUGCUGCUCCUCCUGGCCAUUGCCAUCUGGCUCGGAGUGCAUUACGGUACCAGGUUGGCAACUACGGCUGCCACCCUCGACCACCAUGACAGUGAGGAUGAGGGGCACCCUGAGAAGCAGUUGAGCGUGCCCGCUCACGACACCUGCUCCAACUCCACCGUCCAAUGUGACGCUCUGCGGGACUGCCAACUGGGCACGGAUGAGUCCAGCUGUGUGAGGUUUGGGGCGGACGGUGCUCUACAGGUCAGAACGUCUCAGGAUGGUCGUUUUCUCCCAGUGUGUUACCAGGGAUGGGACCAGAGCUACGCCAACAGAACCUGUGCCCAACUGGGCUUCAGAAAGUCCUUUGCAACCAAGGCAGUGAAGUCCCAGCAGUCAAUUGGUCUAACACUGAACAACAGAUCAUCUUUACCCAUCCAGGGCCAGGUCAAUGUCAGCUCGUCCUGCCCAGACCAGAAUACUGUCUCUCUGAAGUGUAUUGAUUGUGGACGUCAACAGUUGUCCUCCCGGAUCAUAGGGGGCAGUGUUGCCAAGCUGGGCCAAUGGCCCUGGCAACUCUCUCUCCACUUUGGUGGAUCACACAUCUGUGGAGGGAUCCUGGUGUCCCCUGACUUUGUGGUGACAGCUGCCCACUGCUUUCCCAGGUCGUUCCACCCGGUUCUUGAUGCCAGUAGGUGGCGUGUGUACGGAGGAGUGGUGUCACAAGACCAGCUUCCUCCUCCCUACCUCGUCAAGAAGAUCAUCGUAAAUGAGAACUACAACAAUGUAACCAACGACCAGGACAUCGCCAUACUGAAGCUGGCCUCACCAGUGGACUUCACUAAUGCAGUUCAGCCUGCCUGUUUGCCAGCCUUUGACCAGACAUUCCCCCAUGGAACCAAAUGCUGGACCUCGGGAUUCGGAACAACAGAUGAGGGGGCAGCAAAACCCUCCAAAGACCUGAUGGAGGUGGCCGUUGACAUCAUCGACGUGCGUGUGUGUAACAGCUCCAAGGUAUACUCCGGCAGUGUGUCCAACAACAUGCUGUGUGCCGGAGACCUCAACGGGGGCAGGGACUCCUGUCAGAAACUGUCCCAGUCCUUUGCCAGAUACAGCGGAGACAGUGGUGGUCCUCUGGUGUGCCAAGCCAGUGACAACCUUUGGCAGCUGGUGGGCGUGACCAGCUGGGGCACCGGCUGUGGGCAGAGUAACAGGCCGGGGGUUUACACCAAGGUGUCCAGCCUACUGCCCUGGAUCUACAGCAAGAUGCAGCUGGAAAGUCCGUGAUGCCACUUCCUUUCCAGUGACCUCGCCGCAUCCUGUCCCUAAAGACCGCUGGCGGCCUUCUUUGUCCUUCCUCUCUGAACACCACGCCAUGAAGUCUUCUCAGAAUGAUACUAGAUUGACAGAUCAAGAUGGAUAGAUCGAUGGGUCGACAGAUGAAAAGAUGGCCGCUAGCUAAGGGAGUAGCAGGAAAGGCAUACUGCACUUUACUGUACCUUCUAAAAUCACAAAAUGCAUUGUGUUUACUGUAGUUAUGCCCAAUGGCUGCUACAGUAUGUAAAAUAUGUGAAUGUAGGCCAAUCCAUUCUGGGCUCUGAUUCCAGUGUUGUGUUUGAAUGAUUUGAAAUCCCAUCUGUUUUUCUAAUCUUACGGUAAGGAUAUUUACCUGAGAUGGCUGGCCUUUCUCUUUUCUAAGUCUAUGCAAACCUCAUAUCCACUCACGCCUCCCAUCUCUCCUAUGUUAAAUGUAUUUUUAUUUUUUAUCUAAUAUUUUGGGGGAGACUGCAUGCUUAUUUCUGUUUCAUCUGUAAGGAUGUGAUUCAUCUCCAGAAAUGAUUUAGUGUUAGUUAUGUGAAACUCAUAGGAAAGAAAGGAGUAUAACUACUCCAAGGGACUGUACAUUGUUUAUAAUGGAGGGAUAUCUGAAGAAAACCAGACCUCUCGGGAAAGGAAAAUGGAUGGCCCUCCCUUUAGUAAAAAUAUGUUUACCCGACCCUCCCUGAACGCUUGAAAAAAGACAAGUGACCCUCCCCUAUACCCAAAAUAAUAAUGAAUGACUGGAGACAAGAGGAGACUUUAUUUAAUACCACAACAGAGCAUGACGACGAAUGAGCGCAUGCUGCAGCCCCGGAGACGUUUUCAUUUCUAUACAGGCUAUUGUUAAUUUUUUUAAAAGAGAAUAGUCUAAGUUUGAAACAGUGCCAAAGUUGUCUAUCAACUGUAAAAACAACAGAACCAGAUACAACUGAAGUAUCUGAUCAGCAAUGAAUUCAAGAGAAGUACAUUUGUUGUUUAACACAGCAGCCGCAUAUCAUCAGGUAUGGCCUAUAAACACUUGUAACGCGCUAUUGUUGUUACAGAAUAGAUGUGUUGACUCUGGCAUAGGAAUAUAAACUCAGCAAAAAAAUAUACGUCCUCUCACUGUUAACUGCGUUGAUUUUCAGCAAAUUUAACACGUGUAAAUAUUUGUAUGAACAUAACAACAGACAUAAACUGAACAAGUUCCACAGACAUGUGACUAACAGAAAUUGAGUAAUGUGUCCCUGAACAAAGGGGGGUCAAAAUCAAAAGUAACAGUCAGUGUCUGGGUUGGCCACCAGCUACAUUAAGUACUGCAGUGCAUCUCCUCCUUAUGGAAAGCCAAAUUACCCUCUCAAACCCCCUCAAUUCGAGCCCUGGUUAUAACUUAACACACCACGAUCUUCACUGACACUGGGAUAUUUAUUAAGGAGUGCAUGGUGACUGAAGGAUUUGGCUGACAAAAUCCCAAUAUAUUCGUAGUAGACUAUAAUUUUGUCUGUCAAACAGGUAGGCCUUACCUCUUGUUCUUUGAAUAGGAAGAAAUAGGCGCCAACACAAAGCUACAUUGUUGUUAGUAGUCUUAAAGUCCAAUUCAAAUGAAGACUGUUGAAAUGAAUUAGGACUUCGCGAAGCCUUUGACUCAACUCAAUACACAGCACAGUCAUUGGUUAGGCAGAAGAAAAAGGGUUCAGAUCCAGCUAGGUCACUGGUGAUAGAAGUCAGUAUUCGACAUUCGUCCAUGUCUGAGGAUGAUGGGAGAUGACAUGGAAACCGGACACUAGGGGCAACAGUAAGCGGUGUUAACUUCAAGUAGGUAAGUAUCUGCCUCUAGUGCCAAAGGUUGCAUGUUCUAAUCCAGCCAUUAAAAGUUGUUUUUGAGAUUUUUGUUUUUAAGCCUAUUCCAAACCUUAACCCUUAUUUUAACCAUUCAGGAGUUAAUGCCCAACUUUAAGAUUUUGGAAUAAAUGCCUAUAUUUUACCAAUAACCUUAAAAAUGUGGAGUUAGUGCCUAAACGUAACCUUAAUCACUUUGAAAUGUAACGUUUGGAACAACUUCACAAUGUGACGUUUGAGAAGCAUGGAUUAACGUCUAAUGGCUGAUGUGAAACUGUGAGACCUUGUUGUUCCAUCAGUAAGAGCAGGGCAGGCUGGGGCUCAUGAUUGGAAAGUCCAGUCCAUUGCCAUGUGUAAUGCAGUGUAGCUUAGUUCUAUAUACACCAUCCCAUGAGUGCAAAAACUCAGGAAGUACAUUUUCUUAGAAAUAUAACUUUGUCCUGUGCUUCUCCGAGCACGCUCUUCGUCUGGCCUAUAGUAUAGGCUAUGGAUCAUUUUAUUGAGACCACACUAGGCGCACUUGAUAUUGCGCACCCAGCAAAGAAUCAGGGAUGAGGGGCAUCAUCGGGCAGACAUCGAAAUACUAUAUGCAGAAACUAAUUCUCAAACCCUGAGCAAUACCACAUUUAUUGUAUUACAAAUCACACGACCCUCCUCUGGACUAAAUCCAACAAAUACUAAGCCCUCCCCCUGACUUAAAUUGAAUAAAUAUGACCCUCCCUCAUUGUCC